UGGAUGUUUGGGAUAUUCAUACAGGGGGAAACUUUCUGACAACAAGUAGGGACGAAAAAGAAAACAAGAAAAAAAGGACAAUGAGACCUGCUCUGGUGGUCCUGGUGUUAACUUUAUCAGCUUUGACAGUUGCAGAUGCUAAGACUCGCUUCUCACGAUACCGAUCAUGGAACUCACGAAUGUAUCCGGUGUGGAGAGAUGGAGAUUCCAGAUACAAGAACUGCUGGAGAGGUGGAGAGGUGACAUUUGAGGUCAGAAACGAUGCACCAACGUUGACGGGCGCAAAAGCAACCUUCAACGUUGAUGUGCGUUUCCCCCCAAAUCAAACAUUACUCGAUGAUGGACAAGUGGUGUGGACUAGAAACUGCACCGUUGAUGGGACUGAGUACCAGGCAGGGCAGCCAGUGUAUGCUGACCGCAACACUCCAGACGAGUGGACCGGCGUCUUCCCUGAUGGCACCCCCUUCAGGGGAAGCUCUGGCAGGAAACCACGCUACAUCUACGUGUGGAAGACAUGGGGACGUUUCUGGCAGGUGGCAGACGGUCCCUCCUCCUUCCUGACCAUCGGCACCGAUAACGUUGCCCUGGGCUCCUACAACAUGGAGGUGGUCAUCUAUCACUGCCGCGGCAAAGACAGGUUCAUCCCCCUGGGUUACGCCUCCACCCAGUUCUCCAUCACAGACCAGAUUCCUUUCAGAGUUGCCAUUGCCCAGGUGAAUGACGUGAACCAGCUUGACCAGAGUUUCGUCCAAAACCGCGCCGUCUCCUUCAACAUCAACCUCCACGACCCCAGCCAGUACCUGAGUAGCUCAGAUGUGGCCUACACCUGGGACUUCGGCGACAACAGCGGGACCCUCAUCACCCGGGAAAACACCGUCACGCACACAUACGUCUCUGCUGGCGCUUUCAGGCCUCAGGUGGUUCUCAUGGCAUCCAUCCCCAACACCUGUGAUCCCAACCCUACCAUCGGAGGAGCCACAGUCCAGCCCACUCUCCCACCUGUGGACCCUGACACCACAGGAGAUGAUUCUCUCACUCCAGUAGAGGAGGUCUCUGCAGGGGCAGCGCCAGCCGCUGAUGUCCCCGCCCCCACCGAAGCUGGAGACAUCGCCCUGGCGGUGCCCGCCUCUGCCGCUCCAGCUGCCGAAGGAGCUGUUGUAGACGCUGACGCUGCUGCUGCGGAUGCUGGCACAGAUGCCGACGCAGUUGUAGACACUGCUGCUGCUACUGAUGCUGAUGCUGCUGUUGCCACGGACACGGCUGCUGAUGCUGCGACCGCUGAUGCUGCUGCUGCAGCUGAUGCAACCACUGUUGAUGCUGCAGCUGCCGAUGCUGAGACUGUUGAUGCUGCAGCUGCCGAUGCUGCAACUGUUGAUGCUGAUGCUGCAGCUGCCGAUGCUGAGACUGUUGAUGCUGCAGCUACUGCUGUUGAUGCUGAUGCUGCUGCAGCUGAUGCUGCCACUGUCGAUGCUGCUGCAGCUGUGGAUGCAGCUGAUGCUGCCACUGCUACCGUUGUUCCAGUCGUAGAAGCGGCAGCCGACGCCGAAGCUGCUGACGCUGCUGUCGCUGGAGAGGACGUUACCGUAGACCUGGCAGCCACAGUUCUCCCAGAAGCCCCCGCUGCAGAGGAUGUUGCUGUCGCAGUUGCGGACGCGGCAGCGGUCACUGAAGCUGCGGCAGCAGCUGGGGAUGUGGAGGUCGUUGCUGCCCCCACGGUGGCCGUGGUGCCCGUGGCUGAUGAAGACGAGGUGAUAGUGACCGUGAAUGACGCUGUUGCCACAGAAGCUGCUGUAAUCGCUGCAGCCACUCCUGAGGAAAAUGAAGUAGUGGUGAAUGUUGUAACUGCAGCUCCAGUGCCACCCACAGUAGCAGCAGCGGUUAAUGAGAUCGGUGCCGAGGUGGAGGUGGAGGCAGGCAUGGUGGCGGCCCAGGUGGCCUUGGUCAUCGCCAAGAGACAGGCUCCCGAGUUACCACCGACGGAAAAUGGCUGCAAUAUUUUCCGCUAUGGCUCCUUCUCAACCGACCUUCAGAUUGUCCAGGGGAUUGAAAAUGCAGAGAUUGUGGAGGUGAAUAACGUGGUGACGUUGACUACGGAGGUGAAUCAGAAUGCUGUCGAUCUCACUAUCACCUGCCAGGGGAGUCUGCCCAGUGAGGUGUGCACAGUGGUGUCGGACGCCGACUGUGCCACGCCAGUUCAGACGGUGUGCAGCGCCGUGGCUCCCGCUCCCGAGUGCCAGAUGAUCCUCCGUCAGUUCUUCAACGACACCGGCGUCUUCUGCAUCAACGUGUCGCUCACCAACGACGUCAGCCUGGCCGUCGCCAGCGCCAUGGUCAGCGUGACAGUCGGACCAAAUUCAUCAGCAGGUGGCGCCAUCGGAGCAGUGAUGGGGAUUCUGGUACUUGCCUGUGCAGUUGGGGUGAUUGCUUUGGCCUACCGGCGCUUUAAGCAGUACAGGCCUCUGACAGAGGACUCGUCAGACAGUGCCCUGGGCAGCUCAGGAAGGACCUCGGUACCCCUGCUACUCUGGAACCUUCUCAGUCGCCACUCAGCGGGGGAAAGUCGUCCUCUGCUUCAGGGACGCGUGGUGUAAAACGUUUUUUUUUACGAGUGUGUGUAUGUCUGUGUGUGU